CCCGCGCAUGACGUAUUUCCUGGGCGACAGCGAUACAUCGAAGAACAACAGUUUUGUUCGUUCGGCUUUUCUGUCGUAAGUUUCCCUCAAGGAAUUGAACAGAAUGGCUUUGGAAACUGUCCCGAAGGACCUGCGCCACCUACGAGCGUGUCUUCUGUGCUCGCUGGUGAAGACCAUUGACCAGUUCGAAUAUGACGGCUGCGACAACUGCGAGUCCUACCUGCAGAUGAAGGGGAACCGAGAGAUGGUCUAUGAAUGCACAAGUUCCUCGUUUGACGGCGUGAUCGCCAUGAUGAGUCCCGAGGACAGCUGGGUGGCAAAAUGGCAGCGGAUAGGAAACUUCAAGCCUGGUGUAUAUGCAGUGUCAGUGACAGGCAGACUUCCUCCAGGCGUGGUGCGAGAGUUGAAAAGCAGAGGAGUGAUUUACAAGUCCAGAGACACGGCGGUGAAGACGUAAACCUCGACUGCGUCCAGUUUGCACCGUGGGACUCCAAUUCUUGUUUUAUGUUUGUGAUUAGGAAUGUUAGCAUAGGGGAGGGACGUUUCUUAUUUCUUUGAAUAAUUGAGGGAAAACAAAUAAAGUGUUUUAUUAGAA